AUAUUUUCAAACGUGAAAGUCUACUGUAACACAGGGUCGAAAAAAAGUGAAUCAGUCACUAUUGAGUGUAAGUGACUAUAGUUUGCUAAAUUCAUUAAUUUUAAAAUUUUGUAUGGAAAGCAAUCGUCUAUAGUCACUCAGUCAGUCAGGCGAUUAUUUUGGGACGUCACUUAAACAUACUUGGAGGUAUAGAACAAUCUGUAAAAUAAAUACAGAAUUGAAAAAUAGAUAAGCAUGCACUCAUCGUAUAUGAUAAGUACUUUAUAUGAAAAAUAUAAAUACCAGAGGAAUCAAUGAGUUCGUAUUAAUCGAUUGGUGCAACCGGUUGUGAGAGAAAUCGAAUUAUCAACGAUAUAUCUUCUUUUUUUUUUGAAAAAUUUAAAGACAGAUAGUUUUCUAAAGUGAAAAGUUUUAUUGUAAUUUUCAUUAUGUUGAAUUCACUUGAAAUGUUAAAAGUGACGCGUUGCGCAUCAACGAUUUAUCGUUUCACUGGACAAAUUCUACGUGAAAAAAGCUCAUCUGGAGAUUCGUCGGUUGGUGUAAAAACGACCAAACAAUACAUUAAACCGUUCUCAUACGAUUUUACAGCUGAACUACGUCGAGAAAAUGAACAAUUCAUGCUUGUAUUUCCAGAUGUAAUUCACCAUUUGACGACAUUUAUUCCAAAUCAGUACGAAUUGAGAAAUGUUUCCAAACAUUUUGUCAAGGCACUGGAGUAUAAUGUACCAUAUGGCAAAAAGAUCCGAGGCUUAACCGCUGUCAUUGUGUACAAAGAUUUAUCUGAAAAACAUGAACUUACACCAAAAAAUAUUCACCAAGCUCACAUUCUUGGUUGGUGCCUCGAAAUUCUUCAAGCUGCAUGUUUGAUAUCGGACGAUAUGAUGGACUGCAGUCCAAUACGACGUAAUAAACCGUGUUGGCAUAUGUUGGACGAUGUGAAAUCAGCUGCGGUCAAUGACGUUCUUAUGAUUGAAAAUGUAACUUAUUUGCUGUUGAAAAAAUUCUUCGGCCAUUUAUCAUGUUACCAGAGCUUGUUUGAAGUGCUAAUGGAAACCGCAAUGCUUUCAUUCAUUGGACAAUCGCUUGAUUAUCAAAUAAACAACGAAAAUAUUGAACAAUAUUCCAUGGAAAAGUAUAAUGCCAUAACGAAUUAUAAAGCAGGGCCUUUCACAUUUUAUGCACCCAUCGCAAUGCCCAUGCUAUUGGCCGGUUAUAAAAAUGCAAAAAUGUUCGAAGAUCUCAAGCCUAUAUGCAAUGAAUUGGGCGAUUUAUAUCAAGUUCAAAAUGAUUUUUUUGACUGCUACAGCCCUGCGGAUGUAAUGAGAAAACCCGGCACAGAUAUUGAGGUUGGAAAAUGUACAUGGCUUGCUGUUUCAGCGAUGGAACAUGCAUCAAAUGCACAAAAAGACAUUCUCAUCAAAUGUUAUGGACAAAAUGAUCCAGAGAGUGUGAAUCAAGUCAAGCAAGUAUAUAGUGAUUUAGAUCUACCCCAAGUGUAUAGUCAAUUCGCGGAGAAAACCUACAAACGCAUCAAACGGCAAAUUGAAGAAUUUUCACAACAACAUGUUUUGCCGCCAACAUUUUUACUAAAAACAUUGAACAGAACUUUUAAUCGAACAUGAAUUUCAUCUAUCUUUUAACAGAGAACACGUUGUAUAGUUUAUAGUUAACAUUUCUAUCUGCUUCUCUAUCUUCAUAUCCAGAUUGAAGUCACCAAAUGAAGCCUCCAUUUUAAUAAUUAGUAUAUUCAGAUUUUAAUCUGGAGGAGUAUUGGCCAAAGGCAGCAAUAUUCACAAAAAAAAAAUCUUAAAAUUGGUGACAUCACUGAUAUAAUAUAUACUAUAAUUUAAAUAUUUUUUGCUCAAAUGCAAUUCGUUUCAAAUACAUAUUAUAAAAGCAUGUACUUAAAAAAAACAUACAAAUAGAGAAACAUGCUGCAAAUAAUAUUAAUAAAACUAGCCUA